AGUAGCCAGUUUACAAGUAACCAUUUUGCUUUGCAAUCGGUAGUUUUCAAGGGAGCUUUUAAAGCUGAACUGAAAUGUUUGAAAUGUGGAACACUCUUGACCAUGAAAUAUGUUCUACUUACAUGCCUCAGCCUUUAAAAGUUCUUUGCAUUAGAGUCAGGGAUUACAUUCUUCCUGGAGCCAAGCAUGGGGCCAGCUGUAAACGAGCCACAUUUCUCCUUGGGGAGGCUGCUAGUUUAAAAGGUUUGUUGUGGCGAGUGUCAGCAUUCCCAACUCCAUCACCAACCUUUUCUUUGCACCUCUACCCACGGAAGACCUCUUAGAUACCGAAGCAGACACGGCGGCUGAAGUCAGGAGACCAUGCAUCAUGUCAGCGGGAACCAACUGCACACUUUAAACUCUGUGCAACAUGUGGAUGCGGCAGAGAAAUGACCUGUCCAGACAAGCCGGGGCAACUCAUAAACUGGUUCAUCUGCUCCCUGUGCAUCCCGCGGGUACGUAAACUCUGGAGCAGCCGGCGUCCGAGGACCCGCAGGAACCUUCUGCUGGGCACGGCCUGCGCCAUCUACCUGGGCUUCCUAGUGAGCCAGGUGGGGAGGUCCUCCAUCCAGCACGGACAGGCGGCGGAAAAGGGGCCACACGGCAGCCGUGACGCCGCCGAGGUACCCUUCCCUGAGAUACCUCUGGAUGGUACCCUGGCCCCUCCCGAGUCCCAGGGCAAUGGGACCACCCUGCAGCCCAAUGUGGUGUACAUUACCUUACGCUCCAAGCGCAGCAAGCCUGCCAAUAUCCGAGGCACCGUGAAACCGAAGCGCAGGAAAAAGUACGCAGUGGCCUCUGCCGCCCCAGGACAGGCGGCCUUGGUCGGACCAUCCCUUCAGCCCCAGGAAGCUGCCAGGGCAGCUGAUGCUGCAGUGCCUGGGUUCGCCCGGGGAGGAAACCUGGCCAAGGUGGGAGAGCGACCCUGGAGGUUGGCGUGGGGUCCAGGAGUGCGCGCUGGGGGCUCAGACUUCCUGCAGCCCAAGGCCAAGGAGAGCAACAUUAGGAUCUACAGCGAGAGCGCCCCCUCCUGGCUGAGCAAAGAUGACAUCCGAAAAAUGAGGCUCUUGGCGGACAGCGAAGUGGCAGGCCUCGGGCAGGUGUCCUCUGAGAGCGGUGCCCGCCUGCUGGUGCUGGAGGGGAGCGCCCCUGGCUCCGCGCCCCGCUGCGGCCCCAGCCCCUGCGGGCUGCUCAGGCAGCCUCUGGACAUGAGUGAGGUGUUUGCCUUCCACCUGGACAGGAUCCUGGGGCUCAACAGGACCCUGCCGUCUGUGAGCAGAAAAUCAGAGUUCAUCCAAGAUGGCCGCCCAUGUCCCAUCAUUCUCUGGGAUGCAUCUUUAUCUCCAGCAAGUAAUGACACCCAUUCUUCUGUUAAGCUCACCUGGGGAACUUACCAGCAGUUGCUGAAACAGAAGUGCUGGCAGAAUGGCCGAGUACCCAAACCUGAGUGGGGUUGUACUGAAAUACAUCACCAUGAGUGGUCCAAGAUGGCACUCUUUGAUUUUUUGUUACAGAUUUAUAAUCGUUUAGAUACAAAUUGCUGUGGAUUCAGACCUCGAAAGGAAGAUGCCUGUGUACAGAAUGGAUUGAGGCCAAAAUGCAAUGACCAGGAUUCUGCAGCUCUGGCACACAUUGUCCAGCGAAAGCAUGACCCAAGGCACUUGGUCUUUAUAGACAAUAAAGGUUUCUUUGACAGAAGCGAAGAUAAUUUAAACUUCAAGUUGUUAGAAGGCAUCAAAGAGUUUCCCGAAUCUGCAGUUUCUGUUUUGAAGAGCCAGCACUUACGGCAGAAACUCCUUCAGUCUCUGUUUCUUGAUAAAGUUUAUUGGGAAAGUCAAGGAGGUAGACAAGGAAUUGAAAAGCUUAUUGAUGUAAUUGAGCAGAGAGCCAAAAUUCUCAUCACCUACAUCAAUGCCCAUGGGGCCAAAGUAUUACCGAUGAAUGAAUGACAAAAGGAUCUCCUGGCUAGAGUGCUCCAUAUAUUUAUGCAUUUGUGUUUUUGUUUCUAAAUCAAGUCCAUCAAUGUUAAGUCCUUUUAGGAAUGAGGCAGUGUAGAUGGACACAUAAAAUAAAUGAAUUUAACCAAGUAGGUAUUAUGGGCCUGAAUACUGUAUGCAGACUUAAAAAGGUUUUAAAAAACAUAACUGCUCAAGAAAUAUUUGUCUAUAUUUUUCUCUAACAUUAUGUUAUGUGAGUCUCAACAUCGGAUUACAGAAUAGUUCCAAUUAUUAUUCUAGCUAACUUUUAAAAACAUUUAUCAUGUCAUUUAAUAGAACAGUGUAAACAAGACGUACUGACUCCAUUAAUAAAUCAUAUAUUAUGCUAUUUGGACUGUUUUGACCAAAUAUUAAUUCUUCUGUUGCUGAUUAUUAAAACAGAGCAGUCCCCACACUACCCAGAGGCAAUUCUACAUUAGAAGACUGAGGCACAUGGUCUGGGAGAGCAUCAGAGCCUAUAAUACAUUUAAAUAGAAAUGCUGAUGUUUUUGCAAAAUAAUCAGUACCUUUUCUAUUAUAUCCAUAUAUAAUCAGCCAUUUAAGCAGCAAGAGUCGUAUUUUCCAUCACGUUUUAGAAAUGUAUUUUGUUGUCAGUACGAAAAUCAUCCACAUCUGACAAUUUACAUAUUGAAUAGUUUUGCUCCUUCAAUUUCAAUCCAAUUUAUUUCUAGUGCUUAGAAAUUAAACAAUUCUAAGGUGUGAAGUUACCUAUUUGAAAACGUACUCAUAGAGCAUCUUUUUAAAAUGGAUGUUCUUUUGUUAAAAAUGUUGUCAUUUUUACAAAGAACAUACUAUAAUUUCUGUAUAUUUUAUUUAUACUAGUAGAUUUCUUAAAAUUUAUUCUAUGUAAUUAUAUUUAAUCUGAUUUAAUUCAUAUUGCCCAGAUAUUGAAUGUGUUCAGAUAUAUUGUCUGGCUUAUUCCAAUGAGAAAUAUGAACAAAAUAAAACCUGACUCCGAUUAAUUGUCCUCAAUAAAAGCACAUGACUAGAGCUAAAACAAUGAACUUGGACAAUAUUAAGCCUCAGAUAAUUCUCCCCAAACUCCCUCUGCCACUUUUUAAAUUAGGUUGGAAGGACAAUAUUCCAGAUCAUCAUGUAUGAUAGAUAUUCACCUAUAGGUUUCAAAUUUAGAACAAAUUACCAUUACGUUCCUACCCUUACAUGCCCUACUCCUUACUUAAAAGCUCACUUAGUGACUUUUUCAUUUCCUGAAAAUUUAAAAAUACAAUUUAAGAAUGUUUAUAAUACAUUCUAUACUGUCGUUUCUCAGAUCUGUCUGUUAUUGCUGAAGUGCACCACAUUUUCUGUGUUCUGAUCAAGGGUAACUCAGUAUCAAUGUGAAUGAGAACUAUUAACGACAUUACAAUAGAGGCUAGAUUUUAACCAAGAGAACAUAUUUAUAGAUUCUAAUUUAGACAAGUGUGUACAGAGCAAAAUGUCAAAAUAACAUGUUACAUACAAGAGAAGAUGGAGGAGAGAGAUCAUUUAAUUAUAACUUUUCUAGGCUCACAUUCAACUACUACUUUUAGUAUCCUUAUUUGCUGCACUUGCCCUUGAAUAGCUGAUCUUUGGACCAUCCUCCUCUUCAAUUUCCCUUUGUAGGCCUGAGUGCCUCCCUCUAUUCUCACAAAUUUAUGGUACUCAUUGGCUCUCCUAAGUUUCCACUUUACUUGCUCUCUCUGGGCUUUUUAAUAUCUCUUUUUCUCUCAUAAAUCAUUCUCUUAAUAAAAAUUGGCCUAAUAAAAGUUUGGAGGCUGGAGUUCUACUUUGAGCCACGACUUGAAAUAACUCUUUUGGCAAGUUGCCUAACACCUUGUCUUAUCAAGAUGGCGUAUUGACAUUUUAACUUGUUUUUUGUAAAAUUUACCAUCUCAAUCAAAAUAUGUGGCACUGAUGGUGGAAUUUACAGGCUUUCAGAAAGUAGCUUUAGUUUUGUAUCUCAAGCUACACGGCUUUGGGGCAGCCCAGUUGUCCCAUGUGUGGGUCUUUGUUUAUUUGCCUCCAGUUAUUCCAGAAUGCUUAAUAAUAAAUGAAAGGUCCAGGAACACAGGUUUAUUUUAGUCACCUUUGCUUUUUAACAAUGUAUUUUGUUUUGUAACCAAUGAAUAAUUCAUGACUGAUUAUUUUUGACUAAUGGAUAGCUGAAGGCCAGGCUUUUAAUUCUAAUAAGUAAUGUUCUUUUCUCUUAUGGAAACGAGAAUACUCCGUGCAUUUCAAAUGCGCUCACAUUAUGCUGUGGUUUUGUUCAUAUAAGCGCAGUAUGUGGUUUAUUUAUAACUUGAUAACAAAUUUAAAAUAUAAUAAUUUACUUUAGCAGACAUGCAAAAGCUUAAUCUUGUGUGACUUAUUUUCUUUAAGCUAAUGAUACAAAAAUAAAUCUGUAUCUUUAAAAUCUGUAAUAAAACAUUAGAAAUUAAA